GGCCAUUGUCUCAAAACCUGAAGAGGUAAGAGAAAGUUUCACGAACAAUCAUAUUAGACAAGUUUUAAAACACUGGUUAGAGGGCACACUAAAAGCGAAACCUUUCUAGUAAAGUGACCUCUUUUAACUGCGGUAGGGUAGCUCAGUCGGUAGAGCACUUGACUGCAUAGCAGGAUGUCAUGGGUUCUAUUCCCAUGCCGAACCAAUACUCAGGGUUGAAGGUACAGCCUGCCUGUUGCCCUGCAAACUUUGAUCAUGAUGCUGCUUAUGAUGAUGAUGGUCUCUCACCAACCGUUUCUACCGCGGUAGGAUAAACUCUGUUGGUAAAGCGCUUGAGUGCAGAGCAGAAGGUCCCGGGCUCUAUUCCCAUGCUGGACAUUAAUACUCAGGGUUGAAGUUACUGCCUGUUGCCCUGCAAACAGCUAGACCUUCGGGUGGCUUGGAUAACCAAGUAAAACGGCGGUUCCGUCUCCAGUAGGAGACUAAGAACAGUGUCCCCAAUAAAAAAGUAUGUUCUUGCUAAGCACUACCCAUGGUGCUCCUCUGAGCACGCUUUUUGCGCGAUUGACAGCCCCACUAUAAUGUAAUAAAUAAUCACUCUUUGCUUGUCAUUAAUUUAGUUGAAGCUUUAUUGUAAAUCUUUUUUAACAGCGCUCCCAUCCCGGCUCGGCAGAUGAAGCUGAUAACAUAACAGAUGAAGAGUUUGAGGGUAAAUAUUACAUCAUUGUGAAGAGGGACUGAGUGUUCAUGUUGUUAAGUAAGAAUAAAGAAAAACAAACAGUGUUGGUUGGAAAUGCUCAUUAGCCAGCCUUUACUAAAAAAAAUCAGCUGUUAAGAUUCCUGACUACAUACAUACUUCCUGACUAUAUUUUUUGCAUUUCCUAGGUGUAGAUAUAUAUAUUUUUUAAUCAGAAUAUCAUGUUUAUGAAUCAAUCAGAGAGACAAGCUAAGGGAAAAUGAAAUUCAACUUUUGUCCAAAACAGUAUUUUUAAAAAGAAAACUUUCUCAGUCAACUUUUAAUGUUUUAUUGAAGGUGUUGAUAACCCAGAUGCUUCAGCUACAGCCUGCCUAAGAUCACCAACAUGCGAGCUUAAAGGCCAUGAAGGUAAAGUAAUAUUAAAAUUCAUUUAUUAG